GCCGCGGACGACUACGGCCACACCGGGCUCCACCACGCGGCCAUGCAGGGCCACCCGGGCGCUUGCCAGGCCUUGUUGGAACACCCUCGCUUCAUUGGCGAGGGCGCGAAGGACAAGGAGGGAUGGACUGCUUUGCACUGGGCCGCCUCUGGGGGCUAUGCCACGGUGUGCCGCAUCCUUUUAGCCAGCGCCAGCUUUGCGGAGGUGGCUGCUAGAACCGGUCGAGGCUGGACUGCUCUGCAUCUUGCUGCAGCACAUGGAUUCGAGGAGGUGUGUCACGUGCUGCUGACUCAUCCUCGCUUCAAGACAGUGACGGCUCAGGACUGUGUGGGCCGCAAUGCUUUGCAUGCUGCUGCAGAGGCAGGUCAUCGUGACGUGUGCAAAUUGCUGAUGGGCCACGAGAGCUGCCGGGUGCUCGCCAGUUGCAAGGACUACGGCGGCAGCACUGCCAGCGACCUCGCCGUGGGCGGCGCGUUGGAGGUGGCGUUACAUCCACAUUGAGGAUGUCGAGCAGAUAUCGAUUGAA